UCUCGCCUAGGCAAGGACCCAGUUCCUUCCUCUUGUCGCGUGGAACCGUACAGCUCCACCAAUCCACUCCCCGAGGUAUUUUGUCUUCCCGAGUUUUUAUCCUGUUUCGCACUUUCUCUGCAUCUCAUUGUAUUGUCAUCUCUUUAAUUUUCCUUUUGUCGCUAUUUUUACAGAACCAUCCUACUAUGACUUCCCUUCCUCCUCUUCCUGAGGGUGGAGAAGUCGAAGAACAGGCCAUCGUUGCCGAAGAUACUCAAGGUUCUUCUGUUCCUGAAAGUGAAGUCGCGGGUUCUCACAAAUCUGCGGCUUCUCGUGACAAAGAAAUUGAGUCUGAAGCCAGUGAAUCGACGCAAUCCCUUCCUCCUGCUGUUUCUCCAAGGAACAAAAGGAAAAGGAAUGAUGCCGAGGAUUCUGGCACCUCUAAGGCUGAAGAAGUUGUUCCUUCUCAUCCGAAGGCAGCUUAUGAUCCUUAUGUUGAAUCCCUCGUCAGCUCGUAAGUCGUCUUUAUUUCUCCCUAUUUUUGUACUCGAAAUAUUUAUCUUGUCUUGCUUUUUAUGCUGCCGAUUUUUUGGUCAACAGUGAUGAGGAAGAAGAAGUACCAACUACUGACGUGGCUCCUCGGACAAGCACGUCGCGUACUGUACUUGCCUCAGACACGCUAGUUGAAGGGGAAGAAACGUCGCCUCCUCAACAAAACGUCGUCACCACUACUCCACCGUCAAGCCCCCUUGCUCCUUCACCAAAAAGGACAAGGGUGGAAAAGAUUGUUGAACCUGCCCCUCAGUUGGGCAGUUCGUCGACUCUGCUCCUAGAUGAUCCUAUGAUCAAGGAUCUUCUCCGCAUCGGUUCCCAAUUUAUUGGGUACCGUGAAUAUGCUAAUAGAGCCGAAGAGAAACUUGCAGAGGCCAACGAACGCGCCGACGCACUUGCUCGAAAACUUGAGCAAAGUGAGGCGGCCCGCAAGAAAGCCGACCUCGCUGCUAGCAAAGCCAAGGCCGAAGCUGAUGAAGCCAAGGCGAAAGCUGCUGGUGUCGAGGAAUUGCAGAAAAAACUUGAGGAUGCUACAGCUGCCUUAGAUGAGCACAAAGCUGCGCAAGCUUCUCGUGAAGAAGGAAUCCUCAAGCGCCUGAAAACUCAGAGUCGCCGCACUUUCACCCAAACAAACCAGGAUUUUGAUCUGACGAAUCCUGUCAAUGACCCUGUCCUUGACGCACUUUCCUAUCUGGAGCUUCAUGGGUCCGAGAUUCGUGAAGGUGUGUCGAAUGCUAGCGCCGUGUUGUUGGUCAUGGAGAAGGAGGAGCGACUGAACCUGCAACACAGUGAGCGUGUGAUGAUCAAGGCCUACGUUGAGCGUGGCCUCUCCAUGCCGCCUUCGAAGUUCUUCACCGAGAGAUCCAACAUAUACAGCCGCCAGAAACACCGAAACACCACCUCUGGGACAGAUGGAGAAGAAACUUGGAAGAAGACAUCAUCCGAGCUGCUACACAGAGCAUUGGAGGAUAAGGCAUCCUUCCCCUCAUCAUCAACCGCGCUGGAGAUGCACUAA